GAACAGGACGAGAAGUUAGUGAGAGAAGUCUGUAUGAAAAUUUGUAAAAUCUGUUGGCGGCAAAGACUUCUGAUUUUUCUUUUUCUUGGCAUUAUGAUGAAAACGAUUGAGAAACUAAAACCGAAUAAUUUUUAAUGUUUGUAUAUUGCAUUUAAAUAUAAUUUGUUCUUAAGCUGACGUGUUAUUUAAAAAUUUGACCUAAACAAUUUGAAUGCUGCUUCAAGUGUAGAAAUAAAUUGUAGUUUCAUUAGUUGUAAUUUUUAUUAAAAAAAUUAUGUAUAAUAAACGGAAUUUAGAUUUUGCUAUAAUUUUAUUGUUACUGUAUAAAGUUUCCUUUGGGAAUAGCUUAAAAGGUGCUGUAAGUUUAGAUUCAUGGACUUUUGAUAAAAUGAUAUCUAAAUUCAAAGCUUCAUUAGUCAAGUUUGAUAUAACAUAUCCCUAUGGUGAAAAAGAAGAUGAAUAUGGAAAAGUUGCGGAAUCUGCUCGAUUUUCUCCUGAUCUACUUGUUGCUGAAGUAGGAGUUCAGGACUAUGGUGAAAAGGAGAAUUCUGAUAUUGCUGAACGAUUUAGUGUUUCAAAAGAGGACUUUCCUGUUAUAAAACUCUUUGUAGAAGGUAAAAGUGAACCCUAUAGCUUUACAGGAAAUGUUAAAGCUGAUGAAAUUAAAAAUUUUAUCAAGAAACAUUCAAGAGUUCGUCUUGUAUUAGAUAAAUGCCUACCUCAGUUUGAUGAGUUAGCAGAGAAAUUUAUGGCAUGUAAAGGUAAAGAUGAAAUGGAGAAAGUUUUGUCUGAGGCAAAAGAACUAGCUGCUCAAGUAACUCUUGAGGUAGAAAUAAAAUCUGCUGACGUGUACAUUAAAAUGAUGCAAAAAGUAAUAGAAAGAGGAUCUGGUUUUAUUGCAAGUGAGAAAGAACGUGUUAAGAACAUUAAAGAUGGGAAAAUAACUACAGCUAAAAAAGAAGAAAUGCAAGGACGAUUAAAUAUUUUACAAUCUUUUCAAUUUAAAGAUGAACUUUAAAUCUCAUGAAUUAUAACUAUCAUUCGAAUUUUAUAUUUGCUUGUGUAUUAUGUGUUUUAUCUAUGUGAAUGGUAUGUGUCGUGUAGUGUUUAAUUAUGCCUCUAUCUUUUGUCUUUAUACACUGGUUUUUUGAUAUAAAGUAGAUUCUACUCUUGGGGUA